AUGGUUGAAAUCAUGAACGUUAGCAAGACAAGGCUGUGUGGGAAAAUUCUGAAGAAGCUCAUGGAUCACAAAGGUGGUUGGCUUUUUCAUAAACCAGUUGACCCUGUUCUUUAUGGGAUUCCUGAUUACUUUGAUGUUAUCCGCAACACAAUGGACUUGGGCACUGUUAAGAAGAAACUCACAAACAAGCAAUAUGUUACAGCCAGUGAAUUUGCAGCAGAUGUGAGGCUUACAUUCUCAAAUGCAAUGAAGUAUAAUCCUCCAGGAAAUGAUGUCCAUGCAGUUGCUGAACAGUUGAAUAGAAUAUUUGACUCAGAAUGGAGAUCAGUGGUAAGAAAAUGGAGCGGCAGGAACCCAAGACAAGAACAACCACCAAUGAAGGCAGUAAAGGCUCAGGCUGCCAUAAACUUGAAGUCUGCAAUCCCUAGAGGGCUGGUCACAUGCUCAAAUUCACUAGCAAAGGAACCCUCAAUAAAUGCAAUGUCCUCCAAAGUAGGAUAA